UAUUUCCAGGAGUUAUUCCCUCGAAGUCUUGAAAAAAUUAUCCCUGAAAAAAGUGCAAAUUUGUUUUUGCUGAAAAAUAAGAGUGAUGGCUUGUCCGUUUUUGGCCCGAGUUCCCGGCGCAUUCGUGCGCAAUCAUGGUCAAGGAGUUGUGCAAAAUUUCGGCGACAAAUGCCCCUACUUGUCCAGGAUGGUGUCGUCUUUCCACGCUGCGGAAGUUGAGCAAAAUGUUGAGCACAAAACCCCGGGGGCAACUGCAACUUUCAUCAAUUUGCAGCAGCAGAAAAAGCCUGACACCAAUCACAAGGGAGAAAGUGUGAGGAGAAACGUUGCGACAGGAUCUGACUCUGAAGCUGGAAGGUCGUCCGAGGGUUUAUUGAGAAAACCCUUUGGGUAUGAGUCGUUCUUCCAGGAGCAAAUCGCGAAAAAGAAGAUGGACCACUCGUACAGGAUCUUUAAGAAGGUCAGCCGUUCUGCGGACGCAUUCCCAUAUGCCAAGGAAUAUUCGUGGGGAGAAAGACCCGUGACGGUUUGGUGCUCAAAUGACUACUUGGGCAUUUCCAGGCACCCAUUGGUCCGUGAAGCUGUCAUUGAUGCUGUGAAAACGUAUGGCUCCGGUGCAGGUGGCACAAGAAACAUCUCUGGCAACACCCCCUUGCAUGAGCAACUGGAAGCAGAAUUGGCAUCUCUGCACAACAAACCAUCAGCUCUUGUUUUCUCAUCUUGUUUCGUGGCCAAUGAUUCGACUUUGUUCACUCUGGGACGCCAUUUGCCUGGAUGUCACAUAUUCUCAGACGCUGGCAACCAUGCUUCCAUGAUUCAAGGCAUUAGGAACAGCGGGGCCGUGAAGCACAUUUUCCGCCAUAAUGACCCACAACAUUUGGAGCAAAUCUUGAAAACUGUGGAUCCCACUGUCCCAAAAAUAGCUGCGUUUGAAACAGUGCACUCCAUGACUGGGGCUGUGUGUCCUCUUGAGGAGCUCUGUGACGUUUCGAGAAAAUACGGCGCCAUGACAUUUGUGGAUGAGGUUCAUGCUGUUGGGCUCUAUGGCAAAAAUGGCGGAGGCAUUGGUGACAGAGAUGAAAUGUUGCACAAGAUGGAUAUCAUUUCUGGAACACUCGGAAAAGCAUUUGGGAAUUUUGGUGGGUACAUUACUGGCUCAGAGUUACUGGUGGACAUGAUCCGCAGUUAUGCUGCUGGCUUCAUCUUCACCACAUCUCUGGCACCAACCAUUCUGAAGGGUGCUUUGACUGCUGUCAGGAUCCUGCGCUCGGAUGAGGGCAGGGACCUGAGGCGCAGACACCAGGAGUCUGUGCAGUACCUGAGGGAGAACCUUUUGGCUGCGGGUUUCCCUGUGGAGCAUUCACCUUCACACAUCAUCCCUGUCUUUGUUGGAGACCCAAAGAAAUGCUCAGAAGUGUCUGACCAGUUGAUUAAGAGGAAAGGUCAUUACAUCCAGUCAAUUAAUUACCCGACUGUGCCAAGAGGACACGAAAAACUGCGCAUUGCUCCGACGCCUUUUCAUUCCAAGUCGAUGAUUGACGAAUUUGUCAGGGAUCUGACCGAAGUUUGGGAAGAAACCGGGCUGAAUUUGGUGAACCGCAAAUCUGAAAUGGCCUGUGCUUUUUGCAAUGAGCCAAUUUCCGGCACUGAGCUUUCGAGGACGAAACUUCCUUGCGGAGGAGCGAUUCCGAGGUGCCCUGGAAUUAUGAAAUUCGCAUAAAAUACAUCCUGUCUUGUCAAAUAGUUGCUUUCAAACUCAAGAGCUUAAAAAAGACUUGUCAGGCGAUUCAACAAAGGAUUGUUGAACAAGAGAAAGUCAUCUUGCUGCCCUUCAAUUGGCUGCUAUCAAAAAUGUUCGCUUAUCAACUCCGGGAAUUUGAUGGAAUAUUUUGCAAACUAAUUGCUUUUUUUUUGGGACUCUUGUUCUGACUCGAGGGAAUAUUCCUUUUUACUGUUGCUUCGUAAUCCGGGAUAUCAUCAUCAUCAUUUUCCCCCCAGCGGUGGUAGAAUAAAUGCAGUUUGAAAUUGUGGAGAAAAGAAAAA